UUCAUAUGAUUCCCAUGUUUGACAUGUGACUGACAUUUGACUGUCAUUUGACAGUUGUCAUAACCGAAAGUAAAAAUAAGCAGAAAUACUUCAUUUAUAUUUAAUACGAGAGUGAUAAUUUUAUUUAUACAAGUGGUAAUUUUGUUGACGUGUUCAGGCGCAUCUUUAAACGUCAAAACUUUUUUUUGAGCCACGUUGGAAGUUUAUGUUUUGGAAUUCCCUUCUUCCCUUUGCUAAGGACGUAACAUUAUGAAGGUGAAAGAUAUAGAACGUACUGCUAAUGUUGCCUGGUCUCCUAAACACCAUCAGCCCAUUUACCUGGCAGCUGGUACAGCAGCACAGCAGUUAGACGCUUCUUUCAGCACCAAUGCCGCCCUAGAAAUUUACUCUCUAAAUUUAACAGAACCAGGUCCCGAUACUCAGCUGAUUUCAUCUGUUCCCAGCGAACAUAGAUUUCAUAAAAUAAUUUGGGGACCCAGUGGCACUGAAUCUAAUGGCAUUAUAAUAGGGGGGUGUGAAGAUGGGUUAAUGCAAAUUUACAAUGCCUCUAAGAUGCUCAAAAGUGAAAAUUCUUUAAUGGUCAAGCAGCAAAAGCAUACCGGACCUGUACAUGCUUUAGAUUUUAACAAUUUUCAACAAAACCUGUUUGCCUCAGGUGCCGGGGAUUCUGAAAUUUUUAUAUGGGAUAUCAACAAUACAACGACUCCCAUGACACCAGGGGCAAAAUCUCAACCAUUCGAAGAUGUUCUUUCAGUUGCUUGGAACAAGCAAGUUCAGCACAUAUUGGCAUCCUCAUUUGCAUCAAAAUGUGUAAUAUGGGACUUACGAAAAAAUGAACAAAUUAUCAAAUUAACUGAUACAGUAUCUAGAAUUAGGUGGAAAAUGGUCACUUGGCACCCUGAAGUUGCCACCCAGUUGUGUCUUGCAUCAGAGGAAGAUCAUUCACCAGUUAUCCAAGUUUGGGAUUUAAGGUUUGCUACUUCUCCCCUGAAAACACUAGAGAAUCACCAAAGGGGUGUGCUUGCUGUGUCAUGGUGCACAGAUGAUGCUGAUCUUCUUGUUAGUUGUGGAAAAGAUAACCGUAUCAUUUGUUGGAAUCCAAAUUCAAAUCAUCAGAAUGGCGAGAUACUAUCAGAAAUCGCUAGGACGAACCAAUGGAGCUUUGAUGUGGUAUGGUGUCCCAGAAAUCCAGCUUUAAUAGCUUGCCCCAAUUUUGAUGGACAUGUUUCAGUGUAUUCAAUCAUGGGAGGAAAAACGCAGCAAGUUCAAACCACUAAUAAAAUAGCAGAUAGUUUUCCAGGCAUGGAUGGUUAUGUGCAAGCCCCAGUACAAACUACGCCUGCUGUAAUCAGUGUUGACUUAAGUAAACCUCCGAAGUGGUUGAAAAGGCCAGUAGGUGCUAGCUUUGGGUUUGGAGGCAAAUUAAUAACAUUUGAGAAUGAUAAAGAGAAAAUUACCCUUGCUCAACAAACUACCCAGCCUGGCCAAGGUUCACCUCAUAUAAGUAGGAUAGUACAGAUAAGCCAAGUUAUUACGGAACCAGAAUUCAUUCAAAAAUCAUCUGAACUUGAACAAGCUUUAGAAAGUGGCAAUUUUAUAGAAUAUUGCCUAAACAAGUCAGAAUCCUCAAAUGAUCAACAUAGGAAGUACAUUUGGCAUUUCCUAAAAGCUAAUUUUGAUUCAAAUCCAAGGGCAGAGUUUUUAAAUUUGCUGGGUUACAGGAUCGAUGACGUGAAUGCAAAGUUAAAUGAACAUAUAGGCGAAUCUUUACUGCAGAAAGGCGACAUUAUUGACCAUCUUGCAAAUGGCAGAAUAGAUGAUUUUGACCUACUACAAGACAGUAAUCAAAAAAACAAUAUUCCCUUCAAAAUCAAAACAACUGAUGAUACCGAUGGGCUCAUCACUCAAGCACUUCUCCUCAACAAUGUCGAAGCAGCUGUGGAAUUGUGCUUAAAGGCAAAGAGAUAUGCAGAUGCUUUGAUUAUUGCUACAACAGGGGGACCUGAUUUACUAGCCAGAACUCAACACCAGUACCUAGAAAAUUCUGAAGGUUAUAUAUCCAAUUUGAUAUCAGCUAUUGUUUCUGAGGACUGGGGUUCUAUUGUCAAUAACUGUGAUAUAAGCAGUUGGAAGGAAGCUUUAGCGGCCAUUUUAACUCACGCAUCUGACGAUCAUUUACCAAUACUUUGUGAGCAACUUGGCAUGCGUUUGGAAAAUGAGAUAGAUAUAAAUCCUAAAUUAGGUCAAGACGCGCAAUUGUGUUACAUUUGCUCUGGAAAUUUUGAUCGUCUGGUUUCCAGUUGGAGUGACGGAGAUUUUAGUUCGACAGAAACUCUGCAAGAGCUCGUUGAACUGGUUUCUUUUCUACAAAAAUCUAUCGAACGGCAAGGGAAAAGAGUACAGAUUUCAGAUGGUUUGGCAGAUGUGCUAUCCAGAUACUCUGCCUUAUUAGCUUCUCAAGGCGACCUAUCAACUGCUCUUUCUUAUUUGGGUUCUUCACAAAAUGAAAAGAUGGCAUCGUUGCGGGACAGAUUGCUCACCGCUUUGGGUCAAAAACCGUUGAAUAUCCAAGAGUUGAGGCAGCAACAGGGUAAUAGACGUAGCAGCACAAGGACAUCUUUCAGUAACUAUGGAGGACCGUCCCAAAACACACCACAGAUUCAGCAAUUUGUCCCACCACAACCUGUGCCACCUACCAACAAUGCGUUUCCUUAUGCUUUCAAUACGGGGUUACCUAAUCCGACAGUGAGCAGUCAACCAUGGCAGACACAACCAACUCCCGUGUCUAAUUAUAGUUCUCAGCCACCUCCAAAAACAUUUUCUCCGCCGUUGAGUCAACCUCCCAGACCUACUAGCGUGGGAUCUUCCCAUGGAGGAAGUGCCGGUUUACCGACUCGGAAAUAUGUUCUUGAUCCGUCUGUAACGUCAAAUCAGUAUUACAAUCGGAAUCAGUUUUCUUCUCAGCCUGUGCCGACGUUUGACGGUAGUUACGGGGCCUACCCAACCAACCCACACAAUUCGAACUAUGGCGGUCAGCCGAUCAGCACACAAUUAUACCAGCCUUCGACAAGUUCUGCUGCUGUGCCUAAUCCUCCUUUAAAUCCAGUACCUCUCGCCACGGCUCCUCAGUAUGGGACCCAACCUCCAAUUGAGGCAGCUCUAUCCGCGGGAAAUAGUUAUCAUGGACAAUCGGCUCCUGGUUGGAAUGAUCCUCCAGUAUUGAAUCGACUUUCCAGGCAACAGAAAGGGAUGUCACCUAUGCAUGCUGGGACAAGAUUAUGGAGAAAGUCAAAACCGGAUUCAACUCCCUCUGAACCUAUCACACAUCCAAUUUUUGGAACAGCCCCGCCCCAACCCACACCCGCACCCAACGGAUACACUUACGGUGAAGUCACAUCUCUACCACAACCCUACAACCCGUCUGCCCCUGUAGCUCGACCCCAUCAGCAACCCCAAAUGUUGAAUCUUCCAACCAUGUCUGCACCCCCACCAGCUGGGUUCCCAAAUCCAAAUAGUUUCAACCAAAAUGCCAUUAGCGGACUGCCAUCUGCACCUCGAGUACAAGACAUCAAUGUUAAACCAGAGGUUCCUGAAGUUGUUCAAAAACCACCCAUUCCAGAUGAGCAUAUUCACUUGCAGAAGGUUCUGGAUGAAUUAAAACAUAGAUGCGGUUCAGCAGCAAAUAAUCCACAAACUAGAAGAAAACUUGAUGAUGUUGGUAAAAGGUUAGACACCUUAUAUGAUUGCCUGAGGUAUAAUCAGCUCUCGUCCAAUGCUUUGGGAGCCCUUCAUCAAAUUGUAAAAUUGAUAGAGAGUGGUGAUUAUGCUAACGGGCUACACUUGCAUACCCAACUAGUGCAAGGCCCAGACUUUGCGCAAAUAGCGGGAUUUAUGCCAGGAUUGAAAGUACUGUUACAGUGUGCAUUGCAGUUACAUGUAUACUUAAAUUAGGGGCCAAAGUUUUUG